AUGAAAGAAGCACGCUUGUUUAUUUUUUUAAAUAUUUUUGUCACACUUUAUCUGAAUUCGUGUCAGCAAGAUGUUCAAAGUGAUACAUGGGUAGCCGUCGAUGGUCUCGGACGAGUACUACCAAAUGUAACACAAGUUGGACCACCACGUGUUAAUCGUACAGUUGGAAUUUUCUAUUUUUUAACUUUGGGCAAUGAUGGAGUAUCAAAUGGACCGUAUGAUGUAUCGAAAAUUCUUAAGGCACAUCCUGAAGCUCUUUACGAUCUUAAUAAUCCUUAUUGGGGACCACUUUAUACUUCUCAUCAUUGGGGUGAAAGUCUUUUUGGUUAUUAUGUUAUUGAUGAUGAUUUUAUUCUUCGUAAACAUGCAUCAAUGAUUGUUAAUGCUGGUAUUGAUGUUAUUAUUUUUGAUGUUUCAAAUGCUGUAACCUAUCGAAAUAGUUAUCAAAAGCUUUGCUCUAUUUAUAGUGAUAUUCGAAUGAAGGGUGGACGAACACCACAUAUUGCUUUUCUUUGUCCAUUUGGUAAUCCUGGAGAUAUUGGAAGAAAAACAACACGAGCGUUGUAUGAUGAUUUGUAUGCUAAUGGAUCAUAUUCUGAUCUUUGGUUUCGAUGGAAAGGCAAACCAUUGAUGUUAGCCGAUCCAGAAUAUGUUGACGAUGAUAUUCGGCAAUUUUUUACUCUGCGUCGUAAUAUUGCACCUUACAAUCAAGGACCAACAGGACCUGAUCAAUGGGCAUGGCUGGAAAUUUAUCCUCAACAUGUGUAUCCGAACAGUGAUGGUGAGAAAGAAGAGGUUGCUGUUGGCGUUGCCCAGAAUUAUAAUACAAUACAAUACAAUAGCACUGCACCGAUGAGUUGGCCAGGUGCUUUUGGUCGUAGCUAUCACAAUAGUACUAUGGAUAAUCGAACUGAUGCAGUUAAUUGGGGAUUGAAUUUUGCUGAACAAUGGGAACGUGCAUUAGAAAUCGAUCCUUUAUUUAUCUUUGUUACCGGAUGGAAUGAGUGGACGGCAGGUAAAUAUGAUACAUGGAGUCGAUGGACUUGGCCACCAGUAAUAUUCGUGGAUGAAUUCAUACAAGAAUUUAGUCGAGAUAUUGAACCUAUGAAUGGAGGUCAUGGUGACAAUUAUUAUUAUCAAUUAGUCGAUUAUGUUCGACGCUAUAAAGGAGUUCACCCAUUAACUCCUAUAAAACCAAGUCCCAUUGUAAUUGAUGGUAAUUUCGACGACUGGAAGCCUGUACAACCAAGUUUUAAAACAGACCCAGGAACACCUGUAUGGCGUGAUUAUCGUGGAUAUGGAAAAGCAGGCCCUUAUGUUAAUCAUACUGGUAGAAAUGAUAUUGUUGAAACUAAGGUGAGUUAUAACGAAGAUGACAUUUAUUUCUAUGUACGUACCAAAAACUUAACAACAAACUAUACUGAUUCCAAUUGGAUGUUAUUAUUUCUUAAUGUUGAUACCAAUUAUACUACAGGUUGGCUUGGUUACGAUUUUGUUUUAAAUCGAGCUGUUCUAUCGUUUCAAGAAACAUCCCUUGAGCGUAAUAAUGUUAGCAACUCGUAUGUAUGGACAAAAGUGGCUAAUGUACUCUAUGCUAUGAAAGGUAGAGAACUUGAAUUAAUGGUGUCUCGACGAUUGUUAGGCAUUCAACCAUCAUCCGUUACUAUUGAUUUCAAAUGGGCAGACAAUAUUCAACAAGAUGGUACAUGGAGUGACUUUACACUAAAUGGUGAUGCUGCUCCACCGGAUCGAUUCAAUUUUCGUGCUCAGCUCAACUAA